AUGAAGUUCCUGCUCCCCGCCACCGUCGCCGUCGCCGCUUUGGCCUCGUCCGCCAGUGCUCAGCAGUUCUGCGGUCGCGACGACAACAAGGUGGUCGGAGACUACACCGUGUACAACAACCUGUGGGCCGAGGAAAACGACCCCAAGGGCGGCCAGUGCACCUUCAACUGGACCGGAGACUCGUGGCAGGUCAAGUCGUUCGCCAACGCCGCGCUCAACACCGCCUACAAUUACACGUACGACGGCAAGAUCAUCGCCAAUGUGGCGUACGACAUGUUCACGAGCUCGACCGAGAGCGGUGAUAUCGAAUACGAGCUGAUGGUGUGGUUGGCCGCUCUGGGCGACGCUUGGCCUUUGACGUCCAGUGGCCAGCCCAUCAAGACCUUCACUGCCGGAAGGAAGGUCAAGGUCUUCACGUACGUCGCCAAGCAGCAGGCCACGAGCUUCACGGCGGACCUCAAGUUCUUCUUCGACCAGCAUCCCACCGACAACAACUUGCCGACGACUCAGUUUCUGAGGAAGGUGGAGGCCGGCACGGAGCCGUUCCAGGGCCAGAACGCCACGAUGGUCGUGUCGUCCUACUCAGUGCAGGUCAAGUAA